AUCUGCUUUUCUCUGCAAAUACAAUGUGGCGAGAACAAGCUAAAUGAAGACAUUUGUUGAUCGGAAACCUGCAAAUGUGCUUUUUUUUCGACCGUUUUUAGCACUCAACAAUAUCCUGCUCUUUGAGCUUGAUUUCUAUUAGUAGUGCCGACUUUUAAUUUUAACAAUCCAAUCUAUCACAGCGCUGUUUCUAUGACCACCUCCCGUUGUACUUAUUAAUUCUAAUUGUAUUUACUCGUGUCGACAUUUGGAUUUACAUUUUCACUUUCUCAUGUCGGAGGACGACGACGCUUAUCCCCAUAGAAGCUGUGAAGCUGUCGUCUAAUUAUCCGACCUCUUCACCGCACAUCUUUUAUUCUCACAUUAUAAAAACGACGCAUGUGUAACUAGUAACGCGAGCGCUAUUGUUGCUCAAAAGAUGAAUUCGGAACGCGGCGACGCGGAGAUGAGAUUUCAUAGUGCCGAUAUUUGAGCAUCAAAAGCGCCUCCAAAGACGGCAGCUGGUGCGACGUCCUCAAGCAGGUCAACAACCGCAGCAGGAGGUAGUAUUUGCGAGUUUAUAAUUCCCCGCCCCUCUCCUGCCAAAAAGAAAUAAGAGCAAGAACCUCCGCCCACAUCAUCAUGUCAACCGUUGCAGCCGCGCCCCCGACGACCACGACUUCCGUCCCGACCAACUUGGUCCCCUACAUAUGUUGGGUGUGCGAGCGGCAGUUUGCGAGUCAGAAGGACCUAAAACUCCACGAACAGCAGUCGAAAAUGCACGAGGCCAAGAUGGAGCGGCAGAUGUUCAACAACGUGGCAAAGCGGGAGGAGAUCCGAGUUACAAUUCUGGAGGCCAAGUCGGAAAUGCGGGAGCUGGAACUCGAAACGGAGAAUCAGGUGAUCGUCCCCCCGGACAAGCAAAACCGCAUGAUGCAGCUGGAGCGCACGGUGCGGUACUGCGAGCGUGAGUAUGGGCAGCGGCAGGAGGUGAUCGAGGCAAACCGGGGGUGGAGCGCCGUGAAGGAGGACGAAGACGAUCUGGACAAGUAUAAAUUUGACUUUGACUACAUUUUCAACUACAACUACCCCCCAAAGAUGCAUGUAGUCUUCUAGACGAGGUAUCGAUGUACCUUACACGAAAUAAUAUCCAUCCAAUGAGAUGAAUGACAAAAAAAGCAGCUUCGACAAAAUUUCAUUUAUAAAACAGCCCCAAGCUGAUGGACAUCGAUCCAAUGAACCCUCCGCCGGAUAGUAUGCUGUAUCCAGAAUUCAAGGAGCUUGACAGCGGGAGACAGUACCCGCAUCUCAGGUAAUAGAAAUAGUUGUUGAAAAAGUACCAUUUACGCAUACGCGUAGUAAAGAUUGAACUUUCAACAAAAAGUUGUCCACUCCUGGUUCUACUGCUUCUAUCUGCACAUCAAACAUCUCCACCUAAUGCGGCCGCCCUCGCACGACAAGAUAGUGCGCCUUUCUUCAUCCCACGACUAGAGAUCAUGAGUUUUAUCACCACAAUCCGAACAUCAUCGACGACGUACAGGUAUAGCGAAAAGGACCUCUCUAUCUUUCCCGAGCUGGAUCUGUCUUGCGGUGUAUCCACCUGGAUGGGCGGUAAGGACGCGCAGGAGGUAUGAGAGUGCACAACUCCGCCUCACCCUCAUUCGUAUGGCAUGAGCAGCAAUACAAACACCAGCACACGUGGAGCCUAUGCGUGACAAAUUUUUUAUAUACCUGAUGUAGUACUGUUUAGGCUACCAGAACUUGUCAUGCAAACAGUGCCAUAAGGCAGCGACUGGAUUCGGGGUCUUGCAUGACAAAUGAGGGCCGGGAGGGGGAGUUGUGAACUGUCAUAGGAGGACCGAUUCUGCUACGACUGUGUGAUGGAGGGCCCGCAGAAGGAGAACCUGGUGGGCUACGCCGUGUUCGACGGGCACAGCGGGCACCUGUGCAGCGAGUACGCGCAGAAGAAUCUGUUUCCCAUUCUGCAGCGGAAGCUGAAGUCGAACAAAUUCGGCAGAAACAACAAAUCCGACUCGGACGACGAGCUUGACGGGGAGUUGCAGCUGCCCGAUAGUACAGCAGGAGGCGCCAAGAACGCGAAGAGUGCUUCUUCUUCCUCUAGUGGUGGAAAUAAGAAUAAAAAAGACAGUUCUGUCGACGACAAGCUUACCGAGCGGUACUUGAGGCAAUGCGUGGAAGACACCUUCGAGGAGUUGGACCGAAAGUGGUGCAAGCAGGCCAAAACCACGCUCGACAUGGACGGCACUACCGCCACAGUGGGGAUUUUGUGGGAGGAUCUGUGGAGCACAAGUUCCUCCUCCUCGGGCUCGUCGCGGGGCGGCGGCGGUGGAAAGAAUACCAGCAGCGACAAAGUGUGGGAAGACUCCCCGGACCUGCGACUUCCGUCCGACCCCUCGCAAUGCAGCAACGUGCGUCUCAUGAUCGCAAACAUCGGGGACACAAGAGCUGUGAUGGUACUAUGAUCUGACAUUAUAUAUGAUUGUGACAACCAAUAGUAGUUCUGAUCUGUUUAUUGUGCUUCUUCUUUUACCCGAACCCGUUCCCGUACGAUGAACCCGUAAUAGAUAUCCAACGUUUACUAGCAAGCAUUACCUAAUGCUAAUCCAUAAAUUCCACGAUCUCCGGUCCAUCCUAGGUUCAAAAGAAGGGCCCGAUUCAGCAGAAGGACGGGAGUUACCGCACGGUGAAGCACGCCCCAAUACCUGGAACAAGCACCGCGGCGGGCAAGGAAAAAGACAACGCAAAGAACAAAAAGGACAGGGACAAGGAUGGUAAACAAGACCCAUCACCGCCGGAGAGGAAGAUUUUCGUCCCCUGCGGGCCGGUGUCCGGCUACCGCCUCUCAGACGACCACAAACCGGACCGGCCCGACGAAAAGCGGCGCAUCGAGGCCAGCGGCGGAGUUGUGCAGGACAUGACCGGCGUGGCGCGCGUGUUCACCCCCUCGCCGUUGCAGAUCGGCGAUCGGUUCGUGCAGUGGGGGCUGGCGGUCAGCCGCAGCUUUGGCGAUUUGCCUCUGAAAGACCCGCGGAGCUUUGGUGCGCCGAACGAGGGUAUCACAUGCAAAUAUGUCUGGGUCUGGAAGAGUGCAAGUUUGUCAUGCUUGUCUAGCAUGAUUCGAGAACCUGUGUUGCAUAGGCACGAAAAGGCCCGCCUCUUGCCUGUCAUGCAAAAACGCAGUUUGCCAUGCGGAAUACGUAAGACACUGCAGCCAAAAGAUUUGUCAUGCGUAGCUGCGUAUUGUAGUGCGUCUAUCAUGAUACACUGUUAGCAUUACAAGUUUCGAGACCCAGACAUUUUUGCAUUUGAUAGAAGGCGCGAGGGACCUGGUGUCCGCCAAACCCGAGAUCACGUGUUUUCAUAUCACGCCAGGUAAAUACAUACUUAAUCCGCGAGUAGAUUCUUUGCCACCUUUUGUGAAUCACAGUGAUCCACCUUCUAUUUUCGCAUAUGAUGUUGCUACUGGGUUUUUAUUUCGCGACGUUUCUUUAGUUCGACUUUUUAUUUGAUGUUUCUUCAUGUGCCUUCCGAGCUCAACAUCCACCUCUACUUCUCAAAACACCAGGCCGCGACCUUCUGCUCCUCUUAGCGUGCGAUGGUGUGUGGGACGUGGUUUCCGACCACGAUGCUGCGACGGUGUGUCACGGCCACUACCGUGCGGGGUUGGAAAUGGUGCUGAAGCCCCGGGCCGACCUGCUCCGCUUGUCCCCCGCCGGCACGCUGACGCACCCGGUCCGACACGCGGCCGCACAGGGUGCGCGCGGAGUGGUGCGGGAGAGCUUCCAGCGGUACUCGUUGGACAACUUGACGGCGCUGGUAGUAUCGUUGGCUCCGACACAGGCCUGGUGGGACGCUGUGGCGGGCGGGGGCGGGGAGGUGCGAGAUUUAGGGGACCUCCAAGAUGGGGGCGGAGGAUUACCGGGGGCGAAACGGUCACGACAGUCAUAGGCUGCGGGUCAGAUUUAGAUCAUUUUGAUGCGCGACAGCCACGAAGAUCAUGAUGAGGCCAUACACAUGCGUACCAAGACAAAGGGGGCCAGCAUCCUCUUCGUCCUCAGAGUUGGACCACAGCCACUCGAUGUACGACACUUUAAGCGACAUCAGCGACACAAUAAUUUCCAUGUACUUCUGGUUCUGCG